CUCCAAGCCACUUGCUUCAACUCUUAAACACUCCCCUCUCUUCCCUCCUCCUCCCCCUCCCCACCCUCCCCUCCCAUCUUCCCCCUCGCCUUCUCCUCACGCCUGUGUGUGCGCUCUCCUUGCUGCGCGUGGCAGCCUGAACCAGCUGUGCCUCUGGCGCUACCCCUCCAUGGCCAAACUCGCUGAGUUCACCGGCCAUACCGCUCGCGUGCUGCACCUUGCCCAGAGUCCGGAUGGGUACACAGUGGUCUCAGCUGCUGCUGAUGAGACGCUGCGAUUCUGGAAUGCAUUUGGGGACCCCGAUGGAGAUAAGAAGGGAGGGAAGGGUGGGGGAAGAGGAUGUGAGAGGCGCAUUGGGGGAGGAGGAGGGGGUGUUGCGGCAUGUGAUGAAGACGGUGUUGCCUCUGCACGCUGCUCGUUGCUGCGGUCUCACAUUCGUUAA